GGGCCCUUCAAACUUAAAGGAAAGAUGAAUAGGCUGAAAAUGUUGUACAAUCAGUUUUCUGAGUUAAUUGCUCAUACCGGGGUAACAUACAACCCAUCUACCAACACUGUGCACGCAUGUGGGGAUACAUGGAAUAAAUUCUACGUGAAGAAUCCUUCUAAAUUCAAGGCUUUUAAGCGAAAUGGUUGCAAACACUAUGAGUUAAUGGCUGAGGUGUUUGCCCGAUCUGUUGCUACUGGAGGUCUUGCCAAAUCUUCCUCACAAAGGCCACCAAACUCUGAUGAGGAACGCGAUGAUGAAGAUGAGUUCUUGCAUAGUGCUAAGCCAUCAUCAUUUUUUACUGAAGGUGGUACUAGUUCCAAAGGGAAAAGGAGUUUGGAUGAUUUGUUGAAUGUUGGUGGUAGCACCAUGAAGAGCGGUAACAAGAAAUUGAGGGAACAGUUUGGCAAUGCAUUGGAUACUAUUAGUAUGAGUAUUUCUUCAAAACAAAUCCGUCGAAAAGCUAGGGAAGAUGCAAGUAUGAUGAGUACGGCGGCAAUGGGUAACCCAUACAGUAUGAAAGCGUGUAUGGACAUAUUGAACAACAUGGGUGACAUUCCCUUUAAAGCCGUUAAUGCAUGUAUCCAGCAGUGGGCAAAUCCUGACAUUCGUGAAGCGUUCAUAGAACUGCGACGACCUGAAUGGCAACGUGACUGGGUGUUAUCUUUCAUUUGAAUGUGUUGAACUUGUCUGCUGUUGUUGUUCUUGUUACUGCUUAGGACUGUGUGACCUCCUUAAUUUGCUAAUUGAUGACUAUGUCUGUAAUAACACUUAUUUAAGUUUUAAAUGUCAAGACUAUUUUUGUUUUCA